AUGCCAAAGAAAAUAUUAUCAGAUUCAGAGGAUGAUGAGAUUGAUACUAGUACUAGUAUCAAAAGAAAUACUAGUUCUAGAGCUAGUACUUCUUCAAAGGUGAAACCAAAGGCAGCUGUCUAUUCAGAUUCAGAGUUGACAGACGACGGAUCGUCUUCAUCGAGUAGCUACGAGACCGAUAAGAAGAGUAGAAGUAGCACGCCAUCUGUUUCAUCAUCUUCAAACACACCGUCGAGUCAAGAGGAUUCCGACAAUGAAGUAGAGGUAGAGGUGGAAGAUGUGGUAGAAGAAGAUGAAGAAUCAGAACCACCCAAAAAGAAAGUAAAACAAAUACAUAACACAACUACAUCAUCAUCAAAAAAUAAUAAUAAUAGUACACCAAGUAAAUCAAAACCAUUAAGUUCAAGAAGACAACCUACAACAUCAACAACUAAAAAUACCACCAAAAAGUCAAGUAAAACAAACAACAAUAAUAAUAAGAUGUCAGAUGAUGAUGAUGAUGAUAAUGAUAAUGAUAAUAAUGAUAAUGAUAAUGAUGAUGAUGAAGAUCAAGAUGUAGAUGUAGAUAUUCUAAGUAAUGAUGAAACACCAACAACAAAGAAGAAACAACAACAACCAUCGACACCUAUAUCCGGUAGAUUCAAAAAGGGUGGAGGUAGUAACAAGAAGGUUUCACCACAAAAGACAGGCUCUACAGCAUCACCAGUGCCAAUACAAAAUCUAGUACAUCCUUUCAAGAAUCCAUCGUUUGAAUUCUCAGUGAUCGACAACAAAAAGAAACAAACAUGGAAACCCAUCAAACAAAUAUUGGCCAAUGAACAAUAUAAUCUAUUACCUGCCAAUUUUCCAACUUAUGUAAAUAUUCAAGUUUCACCAUCAUUAAUACCACCAAAGAAAUAUUGUGAUAUAACAGGUUUUGUUGCAAACUAUACAGACCCAAAGUCAACUUUGAGAUAUUGUAAUUCUUCAGUUUAUUCACAAAUCGAAAAGUAUCCCGAUAAUGUAAAGCAGUCUUAUAUAGCACUAAGAAAGAUGUUGAGAUGA